UAGACUCGGGGAUCUAGCGGCUUCUGGACUCGCUCGUCGUCACCAACAGAAGCGACUCUGGAAGCGGCGAGUGAUCGGAGAUGGCCUCCAAGAAGGUGCUCCUGCUCUGCGGAGACUACAUGGAGGACUACGAGGCCAUGGUUCCUUUCCAAGCGCUGCAAGCGUAUGGGGUGUCCGUGGAUGCCGUCUGCCCCGGCAAGAAAUCCGGCGACUCCUGCCGCACCGCCGUCCACCAGAUGACUGGUCACCAGACAUAUGCUGAGUCAAGGGGUCAUAAUUUUGCACUUAAUGCUUCGUUUGAUGAGGUUAAUGUCAAUGAAUUCGAUGGCUUGGUAAUUCCUGGAGGCCGUGCACCAGAGUAUCUUGCGAUGGAUGACAAAGUGCUUGAUUUAGUAAGGAAAUUCUCCGACGCGAAGAAGCCUAUUGCAUCGGUUUGCCAUGGACAGUUGAUUUUGGCAGCAGCAGGAGUAGUCCAGAACCGAAAAUGCACUGCAUAUCCUGCUGUUAAACCAGUUCUAGUUGCUGCUGGUGCUAAGUGGGAAGAAGCUGAUACUAUGGACAAAUGCACAGUUGAUGGUAAUCUUGUCACUGCAGUGGCUUAUGAUGCACAUCCUGAAUUCAUCAGCCUUUUUGUGAAAGCACUUGGAGGCUCUGUAGCUGGCUCAAACAAACGAAUAUUGUUCCUUUGUGGGGAUUACAUGGAAGAUUAUGAGGUUAUGGUCCCGUUUCAGUCUCUUCAAGCCCUUGGUUGCCAUGUUGAUGCAGUUUGCCCUGAGAAAGGUGCUGGGGAGAAAUGCGCAACUGCCAUUCAUGACUUUGAAGGUGAUCAAACAUACAGUGAGAAGCCUGGUCAUGAUUUUGCUUUGACAGCAUCGUUUGACAAUGUGGAUGCAUCAAGUUAUGAUGCGCUCGUAAUUCCUGGUGGACGGGCUCCUGAGUACCUUGCGCUGAAUGAUAAAGUCAUUAGCCUGGUGAGGGGCUUCAUGGAUAAAGCAAAGCCAGUCGCAUCAAUUUGCCAUGGCCAGCAGAUUUUGUCUGCUGCUGGAGUCCUUAAGGGAAGGAAAUGCACGGCAUAUCCAGCAGUGAAGCUCAACGUGGUGCUCGGCGGGGCAACAUGGCUGGAGCCUAAUCCUAUCGACCGCUGCUUCACCGACGGCAACCUCGUGACCGGUGCGGCAUGGCCUGGGCACCCGGAGUUCAUCUCCCAGCUCAUGACAUUACUGGGCAUCAAGGUCACCUUCUGAGGCACGAGGAGCUCCCAGUGUUUUUGCGCUGAAUAUACCAUAGCUUUCGGCUUUUCUCUUCAUAUAUAUAUAUACAGUCGUUUUACAUAUACUGUACUGCACUGUAUUACACAUGACCUGCUAGACCUUCUUCUGCUGUCGUUUUUGUGCUUGAAACAAUAAAGGCUUUUGCGUGUAUGUACUAUGUAGUAGCAUCUGUAUGACGGGCAGCAGCUGCACCAUGCCAUUGUCCUGUGUAUGGACGCUGUUGAAACUGGUUAUGUUUUGGGGAGCUGGACAUUCCGAGAACGAGAAGCAACUGAUGAGUAGAGUAGUCAUCUGCUGGGAAUGUAGAAAAACUAUGGUUUCUGCCUUCUAUUCCCUAUGUUUUAUGUUAUAAGAUUUUUUUUUUGUUUUAUCUAGAUUCUUAUGUAUGCUAAU